AUGACCGCGACUUACGGAAUUUUACCAACCUUCGACCAUACUACACAGGUGUGGAAAACGUUUAGAGAUAGGAUUACGCAGUGGUUCGUGGCAAACGAUAUCAAUGACACCGAGGACAGAACUAAGGAGAAGAGACGAGCGAUACUGCUAAGCACACUCAAUGACGGUACUUAUAAAUUGGCGUCAGACUUGGCCCUGCCAAAGGAGCUGACGGGAGUACCGUAUGACGACAUACUGAAGCUGCUGGACAGCCAUUUCACACCUAAAGUGUGUGGAUUCGGCGAACGAUCGAAGUUCUACGAAGCGGUGCAGCAGCAGGGCGAGACACACGCUCAGUGGGCGGCGCGACUGCGUGGGUUGUCGGCGCAGUGCAAAUUCAACAGCGUAGAUGAAGCACUGCGCGAUCGUUUUGUGAUGGGCAUGCGCCCGGGACCAGAGAGGAUCAAGUUGUUCUCACAAGACCUGGGCGAGCUGACGCUGGCCAAGGCGGUUGAGUUGGCCAGCAGCGUGCGGGGCGCUCUCAGCGCUGCCUCAGGGUCCUACACCGCUCAACAGUCGGAUCACCUCGAACAGGUGUUUAAGGUAGAUAGAAGCGCUAAUAGUGAUCGUGUGUCUAGUGGAAAGUGUUCAGUGUGCGGUCGUUAUAAUCAUAAAAGUGAGCGUUGUCGCUUCGCAAAUUACAAAUGUAAGAAGUGUAACGUAAAAGGGCAUUUAGCCAAAGUAUGUAAGAAGGUUAACUUUAUAGAAACUAACGCGGACGAAGAGAUGAGCGAGGGCGAUGAUGGUAAGCUACUUAAUAUUCGUUCUGUCAAUGGUGAACCAAUGCAUGAAUUUGUUUGUAUUUUGGGGGUAGAUAUCCAAUUCGAAAUUGAUAGCGGGUCCGCGGUGACGGCCGUCUCGGAGAGCACGUACAAGCAACAUUUUUUACAAGUGCCGUUGUUGCUAACCGGUAAGCGGCUGGUAAGCUAUACAGGUAACCAGAUUGAAUGUAUAGGUAUAGUUAAACUGCCAGUAAAGUACAAAGACCAAGUGCAUGAAUUAAAUAUUUAUGUUGUGCGAAACGGAGGGCCUCCUAUUCUCGGUCGUGAUUUUAUUUCAAUGUUUAACUUGGAGAUAACAUCAGUUAAAUAUUGCACUCCAUCGGACACGUCGGAAACCCAACAAUUACAGCAACAAUAUCCUACCGUAUUCUCAGAUAAACUAGGGUUAUUUAACAAGUUCAAGGUCAGCUUGCAAUUAAAACCAGAUGCUAAACCAGUUUUUUUCAAAGCGCGCCCCACUGCGUUUGCUUUACGAGAAAAAAUAGACAAUGAAUUGGAUCGAUUAGUAAGUUUAGGCAUCUUAAAACCAGUCGAGCAUUCCGAGUAUGCGUCACCGGUCGUUCCCGUACUAAAGAGUAAUGGGUCAUUAAGACUGUGCGCAGACUAUUCAGUUAGUAUUAACAAACAGCUGUUAGUGGAGCAAUAUCCCUUACCAGCCGUAAAGGAGUUGUUUAGUAGAUUACACGGCGGACAACAAUUUACCAAGUUAGAUUUGUCAAUGGCGUAUCAACAAUUUGAGUUGAGUAAAGAGUCCCAGAACAUCACUUGUAUCAAUACCCACCGUGGGUUAUUCAAGUAUACGCGACUCGUUUUCGGACUAGCUAGCGCACCCGCUAUAUUUCAACGCGCCAUUGAUUGUCUGUUAGCGGGAAUGACCGGAGUAUUGUGUCUGAUUGAUGACAUAUUGAUAACGGGUGGAGACAGAAAUGAGCACUUGGAAAGGUUACACGCGGUUUUGAGAAAAUUACAGGACGCGGGUUUAACUGUACAAAAGAGUAAAUGCGAGUUUUUUAAGGAUGAGGUCAGUUAUCUCGGGUAUGUUAUAGACCGGAAUGGAGUGCGUAAGUCUCCUGAAAAAGUGAAAGCCAUAGUGAACGCGCCCUUACCUACGGAUGUCAAUAAAUUACAAUCAUUUCUAGGUUUAGUAAAUUACUAUCGGGAUUUUGUACCGGGUGCGUCCACAAUUCUUAGCCCAUUAUACGAUUUGCUUAAGAAGGGAGUUAAAUGGUGCUGGACAGAUGUACAUAGCGAUGCAUUUAAUAAAAUAAAAAAGUGUCUCGCUUCAGAAAAAGUUUUAGCGCAUUUUAAUUCCGGAGCAAAAAUAAUACUGACGGUCGAUGCAUCCCCGUAUGGACUAGGCGCUAUUUUGUCGCAGGUGGAUUCCAACGGAACGGAGCGACCCGUGUCAUACGCAUCGCGGACGCUCAGUGCCGCCGAAAAACGAUACUCACAAAUCCAAAAAGAGGCGACAGCCAUAAUAUUUGGUGUGAGAAGAUUUCACCAAUAUUUAUUUGGAAGAUCGGAGCCUUUCAUACUUAGAACCGAUCAUAAGCCCCUUGUUUCUAUUUUCGGGCCGCAUCGAGGCGUUCCGGAAGUGUCUGCAAAUCGCCUACAGCGUUACGCGUUGUUUUUAGGAGGGUAUAACUACACGAUAGAAUACAUACGCAGUCAAGACAACAGUGCAGAUUUCUUAUCGCGCGCGAGUCUGCCCAUUGAGUACGCGGGAGAAGGGCGCGCGACGGCGGGAGCUCAGUCAGCUGACGACCAAGCUUGUUUUAUCAACUUUGUAGUAGAGGGUAACUUACCGGUGACGUUAGCUCAGUUACGCGCAGAAACAGACAAAGAUCAGGUUUUAAUAAAGGUGAAAAGUUAUGUACAAAACGGUUGGCCUAAAAAGGUGUCAGAUAUACAAAUUAAACCGUAUUUUAAUUGUCGCCUGCAUUUAUCUAUUGAGAAAGGGUGCUUAAUGAGAGGACAUAAAAUUGUGUUGCCAGCUAAGGUUCAGUCGACAAUUUUGGCCGAAUUACAUAGCUCGCAUUUAGGAAUUGUCAAAACGAAAGCUGAAGCACGAUCUAGAUUUUGGUUCCCAGGCAUAGAUGCAGCGUUGGAGCGGAUGAUAGGUUCAUGUGCAAUUUGUAUUCAGUUACGGCCAUCCCCUCCACGCGCACCGCUCGCGACAUGGCAGUACCCAUCUUGUCCGUUUUAUAGGUUACAUAUUGAUUUUCUAGGACCAUUAAAUGGUCAUUCAUAUUUGGUUAUCGUAGACGCUUAUACGAAGUGGGUAGAAGUCUAUAAUACGAAAAAUAAUACCACGUCAACAGCGGUGGUUGAAAACCUAAUAGAUUUUUUCUCUCGGUUUGGCUUGCCGCAGACCCUAGUUAGCGACAAUGGCACUGCGUUUACGUCGCAGGAAUUUAAACAGUUUUGCGAGUUGAAUAGCAUAUCUCACGUGACGUCACCGGCUUAUCACCCAGCUAGUAAUGGGCAGGCGGAAAGUUACGUGAAAGUAGUAAAAAAAGGAAUAAAAACAUGUCUAAUGAAUAGUAAAAACCAGAAAGAAAGUAAAAAUAAGCUAAUGAAGUAUUUAUUUGACUAUAGAAACUCAGUACAUUCCACGACAGGAAUUCCGCCCGCCCAACUGGUGUACGGUCGCAAGUUGCGCUCGCGGUUAGAUAUUCUGACGGCACCGUCACCGUCGGCGCCGACGCCCCCGGAAUCGGCCACAUCACCCUCGGCCAUGAGGCUCGCUGAUCGUGUUCAGUUUAAACAGUGUUUACAACAUGAAUGCUAUGGUGGGAAAAACAAACGAAGUUAUUCGAUCAAUGAAAACGUACUGUAUAAAAAAAUAAAAAAUAACAAAAAAUAUGAAUGGUGCAAGGGUAUUAUAGUAAAAAAAAUGGGUAAGGUAACGUAUUUAGUAAAAGAUUGUGAAACGUCAAUGAAUAUUAAAAAACAUACAAAUCAGUUAUUAUUGUAUAAGGGUGAAUUAAACGAACCGAAAAUAGAUUGGGACGAUGUAGAUGUAGCACUGAACAUAACUACACCACAUGGAAGUACUGGCACCACCCAUAUGGAUGACCUCAUCCAAGAGGGAGAAGAGGUUGGUUAUGGACCAUUGGCAACUGAGGAAACUUCAGAGUGUUCGGAUACAGGAGAAUACCAGGAAGCUGAGUCGUACGAGUCGGAUGACCUGAGAGCGACAUCGUCGUGGACCACAGCCGUAGUAUCGGACAGCGCCGCUGCUGGGACCGCCAGUGCGCAGGCCCCGAGCGCAGACACUGCGCGUGCCUCGACAACAGAGAGCAGAGCCGCAGCCACUGGCACGGCCGCCAGCACACCGGCUCCCACCGUCACGACAUCCUACUCGAGCUCACCGACGCUGCCAAGCGUUAAUGCGCCAGACACGGAAGUAUCCGAGCACAGGUUGCCUAAACCAAAUGAGGUUGUACGAUCACGUCGUGGUAACCCAACCCCGCUCCAGUCACAACCGCAAGGCUUGAUCGUGGAGACCGGGAAUGGCGCGAGCGUCCUGCAGUUGCCCGCGACUACACUGGAGCAGAUCCGCCAUAUCGCGGCGGACCCGGGCGCGUCCACGCUGCGCCUGCCGCCGCCCGCCACCGAGCCGCCCGCGGGCUCGCGCGAGCUCGACUUCGACCUCUGCUACGUCUGCAAGCACUGCAAGGUGGCCUUCCCAUCGCCGGCACCGCUGCAAGCCCACCAGGCGCGCUCCUGCUAUGCAGGCCGCGAGGCCGCACGCGGCGUGAUCCGCGUGGUGCAGCCGGCGCUCGAGUGUCGCACGUGCCCCGGCGAGCGGUUCCGUGGCGCGGCCGAGUUUCGGCGGCACGCAGACACAGAGACGCACGCGCGCCGUGCCGCGCCGCCGCCGCCCACGCCCGUCAACCCCGAGCCGCUCACGCACGAGAUGGAGGACGUCGUCAACCAGAUCACGCUGCUGGCGGCACGCGCGGCACAGGAGUCCGCGGCCCCGAAGGACCCCAAUGCCAACUUCUGCGCGCCCGCGCCCGGUCCUCGCUUCCCGCCGCCCGGCGAACUGCCGCUCGCCAGCGCCGGACACUAA